AUGUACACCGACCUCAUUUCGUUUGCCAAGCUGCGCGUUCCACAAAUGAGCCCCAGAUCUCUUGCAAUGCUGCUGCGUGGCAUGGCGAGAGCCAAAUCAUCAAACCGCCAGGUGCUUCGCAGUGCAGUGAAGGUCCUUUCCGCCAAGCUCGUGGAGCUGGACGUGGUCGACGCCUGCGCGCUUUUCGUGGGCUGUGCCGAGAUGAACUACCGGGACGGGCGGUUCCUGCGCUUGCUGGCUGCCGUUGUCAAGUCCCGGCUCGGCGAGGCUUCCGGGAGUCAGCUGGCGACGGCCUUCGCCUCCUACGCACACAUGCGCGUGCGAGACCUCCCCUUCUUCGACGCGCUCCUCUUCGAGCUCUUACGGAGGCAACACGAACUCACGGAGAAGGAUGCCUCUAACGUGGCCUACGCCAUGCUGCUGCUCGCGGCAGUAGAGAGACAUGAGCUGCAAGAAGCACCACUGGAAGGCACUUAUGGCUAUCCGUUUGACACGCAUCAUGGAGUCUUGUACAGCAUGCUUGCAAUCUCCAACGAGCACAGAAACGAACUCAACUAUCCUGCAGUCUAUCAGCUACAGAUUGUGGAGCUGUACCUGCGUCUGUUGGAGCCUGGUGUUUAUGAUGCAACGCGCCAGGAAUUGAAGACCCUGCUCGCAAAGGCUAGGAAGGUGAACAUCGUAGUCGAUGAUUACAUGCAAAACUCCAGCCGGCUGCAUCGCAGAAUCUCCCAAUGGUUUACACGCGUGGGCCUACAUCAUCGCAGCGAGGUCUUCUUGGGGCCGUUUAUGCUGGACAUGGUGAUUGGAAGCCGUGUCGUUGUUGAGAUUGAUGGCCCGUCGCACUUCUACCGUGACACGAAUACUAGAACUGCAUCGAGCUUGCUGAAGCACAAUCUACUUAAGGCCAUGGGCUUCCAUGUGCGUCACCUGCCAUACCAAGAAUGGCAGCAGUGUGGUACGGCUGUCAAGCGAACUAUGUACUGUUCUGCAUUCUGGAAGGAUGUGUUGGCAGCCAACGAAGAUGAAGUCAAAGCUGAAGCACCUCACAGGGGCUCCCUUGCCGACCCAAGAGUUCCUGAGCUAGUUGACAUCCUCGAUCUUGUUCUGAACUGGCAGUCCGGUCAAGGACCCCACCCCAGUAUUGCACUUCUGGGCAAAAAGUUGGAACCAAAGCGACCGCAGCAAAGUCUGCCAGCGUUCUACGAAACACAGCUGCCAGAGAUCGAUGACGUUGCUGCCAGUCGAUCGAAGUUUGAUGUGGAUGCAGAAAGGCAGCAAGCCCGUUCCGAGCAGGAGUUGCUAGCAGCUCAUGCAGAGGCUGAAGCGGCUUUGGAAGAUGACCGUCAGCAAAGCAUUAGUUCGAUCCAGCGUGUUCGUCUAGACUCUCGGAAGAAGUUGGAAGAGGGUCACGAGACUAACACGAAGCAAGAUAUGCACGACAUUAUGCCGAGGUCCCGGCGGAAGGUCAUUCGUCAUUCAAGUUCCGGACUGUUCGACCAAGAUGCUUUAGAGGCAAACACUGAUGACAGUUCUGACGAGGAGCCUGACGACGCUGGAGGGCAGGUGGCAAAAUGUGCAGCGGGGCUUUUUCGAUCCACCCGAACACAUCAUGUGCCCAAGCAUUCGGGCAGCUGUCCGUGCUAA